GCUCCCCUCACCCCAGUGCUGCUCAGGCCCAAGGCUGGGAGUCACCGUCACUGUCCUGCCCAGGUCACCUCCCAAGAGUGGCGCCUCUGGCAGAGAUGGUGGGGUGGGAAGGGUCACUCUCUCCUGGCGGGGCUCUUCUUUUCACUCCCAUAACAUGACAGGGGCCUUGGGGAGGGGCUCACUCCCGGGCUCAGAUACAGGAGGGGCAGCAGGCUCCAGGGAACAGGAGCUAUUCCUGUCCUGCCACUGUCUGUCUGGGACGCCUUGGCCUUGUCAUUCCCGAGCUCAGUGCCUCAGUUUCCAUUCUCGCCAGCCUGUGCCUAUAUCCCUGUGGGUUGGUGUCCGUGUUAGCGACAGUCCCACCCCCGUACUGCACAGUCUAAUACCAGCUCCUCUCUCUUGCCAGCACCAUGAAACCUGCUCUGGAGCCAGACAUAGAGACCCACCUCUUGCGAGCUGCCCUUCACUCCGUCUUCACCCUGGGCACGGAGAGGGACACCACCGGCAUCCAGACUCUGCACAAAGUCAUCCCAGAGGUCCUGGAUGCCAUGCUGGGGAAUCUGCUGGCAGAGUCCCCAGACACAGACAGGCUCCACUUCAUCUUGGAGCAUGUCAACUUCUGGGUCGUGUCCAGGGUGUCCCAGGAGCGAGCCAGGGCCAUCAGGAGCAGCACAGCCCUGCUGAGAUACAUAGUCACCCUCCCUGAGUUUGACAUCUCCGCCGAGUUCCCCAGGAUGGGGCACCAUGUGGCCCAGCUGGCUCUAUUUGUCAGCGAUCCGGACAAGGACAUCAGCCGGCAGGCCAGGGAGGGGACUUACCGGCUCUACCAGCUGCUGCUCCGACAGAGGGGCCUGACCAUACAUGACGCCGAAGAUCUCUGGUGCUAUGACUGGCACCAGGACAGAAGGCUGUUGGGCUACAAAAAUACAGCCAGAGUUGGGGAGGUCUUUGGAAAAUUCUUCUGCGAUGGGCAGAAAAGAUCCUUUCUGCAGACAGCAGUGCUGGCCAUCCACGACCCCCUGCUACGAGUCAGCCAGGCUGGGCUGGUGCUCGUCUACUCCCUCCUGGGGGAAGCCCAGCAACUGAUGGGGGUCACGCACGAGGAUGUCACAGCCAAGAUCAUGGGCCAGCUUCACAUCAUCAGGCACUUGCACCAGAUGCCCGAGGCGCUGCAAGGGCUGUGGCUCGUCUGAUGCUCUGAAAGGUUCCCCUCCCUGUUCAGCAAGUCCCGCUCCCUGCUGCAGGUACUGCUCUGUCUCACUGUAAAUGCGGGGCUAGUGGAAGCGGAAAUGGAGGCCUCCUAGAGAACAGACUCUGACCUCCUCCUGAUCAGCAAUGGGGUUUCACCAUCCUCUCAGCAAACCUGUCAGCCGGGCUGGACCAGAUUUGAAGGAGGAGGGUAUCUAACAGGGUGGCUUGGCCUGUGGCUGCCAAGCCUGGGGCUAGGCCAAGUUGAUGACCAAGUGAGCCCACCUGAGAGGAAACGAGGGGAAACAGCAGCAAAAGUACAGAAGCAGACCGAGCUGCUCAGUAGACGGCCUCUGGCCAAAACCUGGAGUCCAGGGUAGGACUGGGUUCUCUCACCGACCCUAAGGAAGGGGACAUAGAAGACCAUAGAAACCCAAGAAGGGCAGGCCAAGCCGAAAUCAGGCCGAGGAAGAGCUCCCCACAAGGGUGGAAGGCCUUGUUUCUGUUCAAGACAUUUUUGGACUUUGUUUGGAAGGAGCACGACCCAGGAAGGAGUGGACUAGAGGACAGUCACCUGGUUGGGGGGCUGAGUUCCCAGCCAACAAACUGCAAGCGUGAGUAUCAGCGGGGUUGCUAGCCCAGCGAGAAAGCGGUGACACGAGGCCUGGCCAGCAUCUAGCGACCCUCUGUUCUCCUUCUGGGCUGCCUGGACCCUGACUGUAACAUCUCUCUGGCCCAGCCUCUUACCCAGAUGUGUGCUGCAGCCAGCCCAGCGCAGGGAGCAGUGGAGACAGACGAUCUCAUCCUGUCAGACCAAGAAACAGGGGUCCCAAUGAGGCUUAGAUGGAAGAUCCCAGGCAUUUCCUGGAGAGGAUGCGUCUGGGACCCUGGAGACUCUUUCAUGCAGCAGGUUUGAGCGGGGAGAGAUCAGUCACUGUCAUGACCCCCGGGUCAUUAACCCGGGUCUCCAGGGUUCCUGGGAGCAGCCACCCUCCAGCACGCCACCUGGAAGCCUACGAAAAACUGCUUACCUAGGACUGACGAAGUCCAGACCCAAUUUGAGGCUCCAUCCCUGAGGACCUAUUGGCAGAGUCCCAGAACAGCUAAUCGGCCCCCGGGACCUCCUUAAACCAGCAGCAGGAACAAGGAGCUGUCUGAACACCCGAGCUCCUCCCCGGCUCUGGACCGUGUGUUGGCUGUUCCUGCUCCCGCUCCCCAGGCUUGAUUUCCUGGCAUGCGGACUCGGGGUGACUCAUCUGACUUGAGGUGCUGAACACAAUUUGGUCUUUUGCUUCUGCUCUUCCAGCGUCCUGACCCAGCUGACUCUCGACUCCUGCCUUGUGAGUGUGGACUCCGCCUCUGACCACUAGGUCUGGCUGCCCAUGACCCAGCCAUGAUUCUGACUUUUCGACAAUUCCUCCAGUGCCCUUUUCUGCUCUCCAGCUCUGCUCUCCCAGCAAGACACACCGAUCCCUUGGCUCCCAGAGUCCUGCUUGCCUGCUAUUCAAGGGCUCAGGGGGAGAGCUUAUCUUGCCCCCUCCCGCACCACGGCUGCUUUUCCUCGGGGACUCUCCCUAGCGCAGAGGAGAAUCCGUCCUGGCAGCAAUUCAGGAAGUCACGGAAGGGACGGUCUGCUCAGCUCCCUCUGCAAUGCCACUGCCCGAGACCAUUACGAGUGGGUGCCCAGUGACUGCGCCGGCAGCUCCUUGAGAGACUCCUGGGGCAGGGUAGUCGUGUUUCCCGGUGACUGCGGGAAGCCAUGCAAAGGGUGCGGCAUUGAGGAGACUCUCCUGCUGUCCCAAAGGGUUUCUGUUCUCCUGCACGGUCAGACCGUGGGGCCGGGUGGCAGAAUGGGGAAGAGCUGGUUGGUGAUGAGUCGGAGGAUUCACCAUAGAGGUGGCAGCAGCUGCAGAUCCUGGAGUCCCUGUGGUCGGGUUACCAUGCGUCCGGAUUUUCCCGGACAUGUCCGGCUUUUGGGGUUUUCAAUCGCCCUCCGGGAGGAAUUUGUAAAACUCUCCAAAGGGCCGGGAUUUCCCUCCCAAUUGAGCACUCUGGGGGCGGGGCAGGGGGAGCUGCGCGCUCUGCGGGGGAGCACGGCACUGUGUCUGGCUCCGCACCCCAGACACACUGCUCUGAGCAGCAGGGUAUGGGGGCCGGGGG